CGCAUAAUUCCAAAACUUUCUCGUCCUAAUCGCGACGAGCUCGAAACGAACAUGGCCGGCGGCGAUGGCGGCGGCGGCGGGGGAGACGAGAGCGAGUUUGUGGGGGUAGGCGGCGGCGGAGGAGGAGGAGGAGAAGGAGAAGGGAACCAGAGCCCCCCCAACCGUAGGUUCUUCGUGGCCGUGCACGUCGGCGCCGGCUUCCACGCGCCGGCGAACGAGAAGGCGUACCGCCGAGCCAUGAAGCGCGCUUGCCUCGCCGCCGCCGCAGUGCUCCGCGAGGGAAAUGGCACAAGCCUUGAUGCGGUUGCAGCUGCCAUUCAAGUAUUGGAGGAUGAUCCCAUCACAAAUGCUGGACGCGGUUCAAAUUUGACUGAGAGUGGUCAUGUGGAAUGCGAUGCAAGUAUCAUGGAUGGUUCUACUACUACCUUUGGAGCUGUUGGAGCUGUGCAAGGUGUAAAGAAUCCCAUCCAAAUUGCUUUGCACUUGGCAAGGGAACAGAUGGUAGGACCUUCACUGCUUGGUCGGAUACCCCCUAUGUUUUUGGUUGGUGAAGGAGCAUGCCAGUGGGCAAAAUCGAAGGGGUUGAACCUACCUGAAGCCACAUCAGAGGGAAAUAGUUGGUUGGUGACUGAGAGUGCAAAAGCACAGUGGGGAAAAUACAGAUCAUUGCUUGCAAGUGCCAAGGAAUCAGUUAAUCAUAGCACUGGUUCUGGUUCAGAAUCUAGUUCAGUACAGUUGGAAGCACCAGGAGCUGAAGCUGAGGAUAUUACUGGUGUAAAGAAGAUGAAGAUGAUCACACGAUCAAUCAUGGAGGAUGAUCAAGACUGCGUGAUGGAUACUGUUGGUGCUGUUUGUGUUGAUGCUUAUGGAAAUAUAGCAUCAGGAGCAUCCAGUGGUGGCAUUGCACUAAAGGUAGAUGGACGGGUUGGUUUGGCUGCUAUGUAUGGGUCUGGGUGCUGGGCCUCAUCCAAAGGGCCCUUUGGCACACCGUUUAUAGUUGGGUGUUGUGCAACUGGAGCCGGUGAACACUUGAUUAGAGGAUUUGCUGCACGUGAAUGUUGUAUCUCAUCAUCAUUGAUACAAUCUGGCCCUGCUUCUGCUUGUACCAAAGUUCUGCGCCAAGCGGUUCAAAGCAGCAGCGAGAUGUCUCAUGAUACAGGCGCUGGGUUGUUGCUAAUUCAGGCUGAUGUUCUAAAGAGAGGGGAGGUAUCUGCAUUGGGAGCCGCUGAACUUGUUGCUGCCUAUUCCUCCCCUUCAUUUGGUGUUGGUUAUCUCGGAAGCAAUAUGAACAGUCCUAAGGUUGCAAUGCUUAGAUCUUCAAAAGCUGCACCCAAUACGAUAAACCAUUUUGCUACUCGUGUCAACUUUGACGCACAAUCUGACCAAUGAUGUGCUGUUGUUUUAAUGGCGUGUGCCACUGCAGUACCUCUUGUGAAAAGAGCAUGUUGGUGGUGCAUGUAGUCUGGUCUUGUACCGAAGAUAUUGUUUUUGGCCUAACCCAAAAUUUCUGUCGUUCCUAAUACUUUUUUUUUUACCGAUGAAAUGCUAUUUUAGUGUGAUUUGCCAGGAUG